AUGACAAUUCCUAUUCAACAAUCCACCGAUGCUAAUGCAAAGGCGGCGGCUGCUCGACUUGCUCAACUCAAACAGCAACUCACAUUUACUCCUUCAUCCAUGUCCCUUCAGGCACCCACCGAUAUGGCAAACGAACGAGCUGCUGCCAAGUUUGAUAUCUUGACAAUGGCUCAUUUCUGGGCAGGUGGUGAACGCGAUUAUCGUCUUCUUCAACAAGCUUUCAAGUUGAUCAAGGUGGAUCCGGAAUUGGUGGUUCAACCUCCACGCAACAUUUUGGAAUUAUCGAGAUCAGAAGCCAGAGAAUUCACAAUGGGUCAAAUCUAUAGAGCCGUUCAAUUACUCAAGGACCCUGUUAUUAAGAGCCAAGAAGGAUUACCAGAAGCCAUCUUUAUGGCAUUGACCCAGUAUUCAGAGAGCUAUAGCAUGCGUAUCGGUGUACACAAGGCACUUUUCCGCAAUGUCCUCUUGAUGUUGGGUAGCGACGAACAACGAGAUACUUGGUUACCAGCCGUUGACAAUUAUGAAAUCCUGGGAUGUUUUGCCAUGACUGAACUUGGUCACAGCUCAGCAUUGCGAGAUAUCGAGACAACAGCAACCUAUGAUCAAUCCACCGACGAGUUUGUGAUUCACUCACCCACCAUUACUUCAACUAAGUGGUGGAUUGGUAUGGCAGGUCAAUCAGCUACGCAUACCAUGGUCAUUGCUCAAACCUAUAUCAAUGGCAAACACGUUGGCCAUAACUGGUUUAUUGUGCAGCUGCGUGAUCGUGCUACUGGUGAAUUAAUGCCUAAUGUGCAAGCUGGUGAUAUUGGUCACAAAGUUGGACGUUCGGGCUUAGAUAACGGAUGGAUCCAAUUCCAAAAAGUGCGUACGCCUCGAACCAACAUGUUGGCGCGUUGGACACAACUUGAUCGUGAUGGCACCUAUACACCAGCACCUUCACCCGCAUUAAUGUAUGCCACCCUUAUUCCCGAACGUGUCAUGUUGGUGGCCAAUACAUUGGGAAUGAUCACACAAGCCGUAACGAUCGCAACACGCUAUGGUGUGGUACGUCGUCAAGGCCAUCGCAACCAACAAAUCAUGGAUUAUCAAUCGCAUUAUGGUAAACUGGUGCCUGCCAUUGCGUUUUCAUACAUGGUGCGUUCGGCUAUUACCACCAUGGAUGAACGAUUCAAGAUUUUGACAGCAGGUGGCAACAUGGAUCCCGUGGUGUACAUUAAUCACAUGUCGGAAAUGCACGCCAUUUCAGCAUGCAUGAAAGGUCUUACAGGAUGGUAUGGUACCGAUAUUCUCGAGACUUGUCGACGUGCUUGUGGUGGCCAUGCUUAUUCUGCUUACAAUGCCAUUGGACAAAUCAUUGAUGAUUGGGGUGUCUUGACAACCGGUGGUGGUGAUAAUGUGGUCAUGCUCCAGCAAACAGCCAAGAUCUUGAUCCAUCAACUCAAGCAAAAGAUCGAAGACGAUGAGUAUCCCGAAUUACUCUUUAAGAGCUCAACGCAUUACAUCAAGCAUGCCAAGGAUUACCUUGCUUCCCCUGUUUGGAAUGUCCGAGACGUUCGUUCUUGUGUGCAAGAUUUAUCCUUGAUCGAACAUUGUCUCUAUGCCAUCUUGGUCAAGCGACUUAAUAGCAUUCGAUUGGCUCUUGACAAUGGCGCAAGCCAAGAGGACUUGCUUUUGGAAUCGGUGCGUGUUGCUGAAAUGCAUGCUGCCGUCUUUUUGUAUGCGGAUGCUUUGACCAAGUUUGAUCACUGGAAUGCUUCCCUCAAGGAUCAAGACUCCGCCAACAUGCUCCGUCGCAUGACAUCGCUUUGGGGUUUCCAUGUACUUUUAACCUACAGUGACCAAGGUUUCAAGGAAGGUUACCUUACUGCCGAACAAGUCAAAGGUGUGGAACGAGAAUACUUGCAGAGCUGUAAAGCACUGAGAAACCAAGUCAUUGGAUUGACGGAUGCUUGGGCCUACCCAGACUUUGUACUUAAGGCACCCAUUGCAAAGUACGAUGGCAACAUCUAUGAAGCUUACUUUGAUACGUUGCUCAUGGCACCCGGUAGCACAGGCGUCCCAAGUUAUCAUAAGACCUACAUUAAACCCCUCACAGAUGCAAAUUAA